CUGGUGGAUAACAAACCCAGUUCGAUGAUCUGUAAGGAAGGUGCCAUCGACGUAAUCAGCAUCGGCGGCAAUGUAGUGCAUACAACUAAUACGUUCGGGGGAGGUGGGAGCACAGCGCACCAUCACAAUUCAAUCGGCGGUAAUAACUCGAUGAAUGGCCACCAUACGCUUCAACACCGGCGAAAGUCACAGCUGAUCACAUUCAGCGCAUCAUCGUGUGAUAUUAAAAAUAGCCUCAGUCACGAGAUUAUACUGGUCAAUAGUAACACCAACAGCAAUAAAAGCAGCAAUAGUAAUAGCAGUGGUGGUAAUAGUGUGAAUGCCGCCGCCAAUGGUGGGGCUACUGGCGGAAGUGGGCCACGCGGCAGCAUUGUAGGAAGCAUCAGCAAUGGCAGUGGCGCUAUUAUAAUUGGCAAUGGCAGCUGCGGUAGUAGCAGUGCUGGUGGCGGUAAUGUACGACUCAGUUUCGCCGAGGAAGAUAUCAUGAUUGUAGCACAUGCUGCUGCGGGCGAUGGCUCAGCAUCCGUUUCUGGUUCAGGCAGCGGUGGCUCCGGUUCAGGCAAUGAUGGUGACCUAGAGGAUGAUGUAUUUCGACGCCGUUCACUUGAUGUGGACGAAACAGAGGACGAUGGCCUUUUUGACGAUGUAUAUGGCACCCACAUUGAUGUGGCUCUUAAUGCGAAUGAUGAUAGCGGCGGCGGCAGCUACGAGGAUUCGCACGCAAUGCAUAGUUCCCUGGCGGGUAGUAAUCGCAAUAGUUUAGAAAAGGAUGAUGAUGACAUCGAUGCGGACGUGAUCAGCACAGACGUCAGCUGUUAUGAUCAAUUUCUGGGCAGCAGUUGCAACACACGUAAUGACGAGGACGAAAUUGCGACUCUGGUUGGUGAAGGCGAUAACUAUACGAAAUUAUGUAUAACAGAUGUGAAGGGUACAACCGCUUUAAAUGGUGUUGUUAGUGGUGGUGUUGGUGAAAACGGUGGCAUCAUAUACGCCAAUCCGUUUAUGGGUUUGUAGAAUAUCUAAAUAUGCUAAUGCUUGUUGUUUACUAUAGUUUGUGUAGUAAAUUAUUUGGUAUGUUUGUUCGUAUUUAGUUAAUUAAUUUUAUUGUUUAUAAAACAUUGAUGCCUACAAAUUGGUUACUACUUUUAUUACACACAAAUAACUACAAUUCUUAAAUCGGCUUCAGAAUAUAGCACUUCAGUUUACAUAUGUAUUCUUCAAUUUAACCGUUCUUAUCUACAAAAAGUGAAUUCCUCUCUUGAACUUGGCAUGUUUUUAAAGUAUCUCUAUUUAAAAAUAUUUGCCAAAUAAAUGUGAAAAUUGUGAUUUUGAAGCUGAGGACUCUUCCCCUCUUUAAUCAAAAGAAUUCUUGAAGUUUAAGAGGAAUGAACGCGAUAGAUAAAACUUUGAAGCUUCGUGUGACAUUUCUAACUUUCAAUCUCCUCCAAACG